GAAGGCCAUUGAGUGUCCUGCAGGAAUGAGAGUAGAUGUGUCUGCUGCGAGACCCAGGGAUCAUCCGUCACUGCUCCUUCAGUCCCACCUCCAGCUGAAUCCAAAUUGCUGUGUCCGGAGUAUCGGAUUUGGAAGGGAUGCCCCAAACGCUGAGGUCUACCAGCAUGUUUACCCCCUGUGGCUUCAGCCCUCAUCUACAUACUUCAAAAGAAGAUGAGCAAGGAGGACUGAUCUUCCAGGAUGGAAACCUUACCUCAGCAUCUCUGGAUGCUCUAAUCCAGCAUCUUAUACCUACCACUGAUUACUACCCUGAAAAAGCCUAUAUCUUCACAUUCCUGCUGAGUUCCAGGCUCUUCAUCGAACCUCACGAGCUUCUGUCCCGAGUCUGUCACAAGUGCAUUGAGCAGCAGCGGCUGGAUGACCCGGUGCUGGACAAGGCACGGAUCAGAAAAUUUGGACCCAAAAUCUUACAGUUGCUAACAGAGUGGACAGAAACGUUCCCGUAUGAUUUUCAGGAAGAACGGAUGAUCGGCCAUCUGAAAGACAUGAUUCACAGGAUAGCCCCGUGUGAUGAGGCCUACUGGAAAAAAAUGAAUCAGCUCUUGCAGACCCUGAAUCAGAAGCUUGCAACCCUCAACCAUGGGCAAGAAGGGAUUGUCAAGAUCAAUGCUGCUGUCUCAGAUAAGCUGGUUGCCUUUAAAAACAAACCCCCAUCAAUCCAGAGGGAAAUCCUGAGUGUCUGCAGUGACCCCUACACGCUGGCUCAGCAGCUCACGCACGUGGAGCUGGAAAGGCUAAGUCACAUUGGACCUGAGGAAUUUGUGCAGGCGUUUGUCCAUAAAGACCCUUUGGAUGGCACCAAGACUUGUUUCAGUGAGCAGAAGAAGACAAGCAACCUCGAGGCGUACGUGAAAUGGUUCAAUAGACUCUGCUAUCUUGUAGCGACAGAGAUUUGCAUGCCUGCAAAAAAGAAACAGCGAGCGCAAGUCAUCGAGUUCUUCAUUGACGUCGCCCGAGAGUGUUUUAACAUAGGGAAUUUUAAUUCACUGAUGGCAAUCAUUUCUGGAAUGAACAUGAGUCCAGUUUCCAGGCUAAAGAAGACUUGGUCAAAAGUGAAAACAGCAAAAUUUUACAUUCUCGAGCACCAGAUGGACCCUACUGGUAACUUCUAUAACUACCGGACGGCGCUGCGGGGAGCUGCUCACAGGUCCCUCACUGCGCACAGCAACAGGGAGAAGAUUGUGAUCCCCUUCUUCAGCCUAUUGAUCAAAGACAUUUAUUUUUUGAAUGAAGGAUGUGCUAAUCGCCUUCCAAAUGGACAUGUCAACUUUGAAAAAUUUCUGGAACUGGCUAAGCAAGUAGGAGAAUUUAUAACCUGGAAGCAAGUAGAAUGUCCCUUUGAGCAGGACGCCAACAUCAUCCACUACUUGCACACUGCUCCCAUUUUUACCGAGGAUGGUUUGUACCUGGCUUCCUAUGAAAGCGAAAGUCCAGAAAACCAGACUGAAAAAGACAGGUGGAAAUCCUUAAGAUCUACUAUUUUAGGAAAGACUUGAAGAUUAAGAGGUUAUUGCAGUAGGUCAAGGAAAGAAAAAUGCGUAAACAUUUUGCACUACUGAUUCCAAAGAUGCCUGUUUGGGAUUUAGACAAUUUGUUUUGUUUGGAUUUUUGUUGUUUUUUUCCGACUGCCUAACGUGAGAGGAUGAACUGGCUUCAUCCUCUGAAAUGAACAGAACUGUGUUUGCAGAGAUGCUUUUCUAGCUAAGAGACAGAGGAAGGACAAAGUGUUUGUGGCUGUGCCCAAACUGCAUCAGGAUCGCUGUAACUGUUGCCUCUGAAGGAAAAUAUAAGAAAACCAGGAGCAUGGAGAACAAUGGUACUGCAAAAAAGAGCGAAAAAGUAUUUAAAAAAAGCAAAAAAUAGACAUGCUUAUUUCAGAAGCAGGUGCUUCGGAUCUCUUUAAACCCUCUGAGGAUUAUAAAAUUAAUUCAGACAAAGCAGCAAUCUGGUUAAUUGCUGAAUGAAGAAAGAAGGACUUAAUCUUACAUGAGCAGUCCCCGAGCCUUGUUGAGCAAUGCACUGACUGCAACAAGUAUAAGCUUCCAGCGGAUGAAAACUCAUAUCACUCGCUCAUAUAAAUGUGUAUAUAUAUACAUAUAUAUAUAAAUAUAGACAUGCCUCACACAAGGAUCUCAUCAGCAUGGAAGAGACACACAACUCCCAUGAAUUUUUACAGAGAACAAUUUGCAGUGUGACUGUUGCUUCUUCCCACCACUGUUGCUUUUCUUACUGUGAAUCUUGGCAGAGUUGAGGGCAUUGCGUGCAGAUGGUUUGGCUUCAAUCCCCGCCACCACACCGGAAGCUGAGGAAGAAAAAGUCUCCCGCCUCGGCUCACCUCUAGCUAACGUAUGUAACGUGUUCCCCAGCCGGCUGGUCCUGAGACACGUGGUCCUCAGAGGGCUCUAUCACACUGAAAGAAAAAGAAAUUGCAUUAUCGUAGAAACAAAAAAAUCUAUCAGGUUGCAGUUAAUACAAUCCUGUUUGUUCUGCAACACGAUGCUAGAGGAGGAUAGGAAGGGCUACGUAAUAGCUCUAAAUUUGGGGACUAUGUGAUACAGUUUAAAAAUGACAGUAUCAUUC